AUGGAAUUUCUCUGGAUGCGGUGGUUGCAGCGCGAUAUGGCUUACCCUUGCGGUUUGAAGGCGAAGCGGCUGCCUCGAGUUCAAUAUAUGUUUCAUGAUCAACCCGAUACGUUCGGCUUUCUUGACCCCAAAGAUAUCAUUCGUGGCUGCCACCUUAUCCCGGCAUUUGCCCACGGCCGCACUAAGGAAUAUCUUCCCAAAUCUGUCGCUCGUCGACCAUCUGACCAGGAUGAAGAUUGGACAUAUUUCUAUGUCAAUAUGGUAGUGGACCGAGAUAUGUUAAUGCGUUAUCACGACAACGUUGUCGGCCAUCGCAAGUCUCGAAACCCAACCAGAAACUCGAUGACAAAUCCAGAGCUGGACCCACCGACUGCAGAGGUUGUUGAAGAAGUAGUCGAUAUCAUGCAAGAGUGUGACGAGGUAGUCCUGGAUGGCGAAGAAGAACUGGGGGAGCCCGAUGACUGGGUUGCAGGGAGAACACUUGCUGAAUCUGACAGCGAACUGGAGGACGAUGAGGAGGGUGGCGAAAAUGAGGAUUUCCCUGGCCGUACCAUAACAAGUAGAUUGGGCUACGAGUAG